AUGGUAACCAAGACCUCGUCCGCGGUGGUGGUUCACGCCGGCGAGCACCUGUUCAAGAUCGUCGGCCACUCCCAGAUCAGGGGCAGCCAUUCUUUAGUCAGGUCUGGCAUCUUCCGCGUCGGCGAUCGUGACUGGACUAUCCUCUACUACCCGAACGGCGACUACAGGGCUGUCGACGAUCAGUUUGCUUAUGUUUUCCUCCUGCUGAUGAAUGCCGGCGAGGAUGAGGUCACCGCGUCCUUCGACUUCUCCCUCCAGGAUCCCACGCCUCUGUCCACCGGUGAGAAGCACAAGUACAGCUUCACCACCCUGAAGUUCUCGUCCACCAGUUCGGGUUGGGGCACUGGCAAGUUUGUAAGCAAAGCCGAUUUGGCCACAUCGGGAUACCUCAAGGAUGACUGCCUGCUGAUCAAGUGCGUUGUCAAUGUCCACAAGCUCACGGACGACAUCAUUGUGCCACCCUCACAUCUAGCCAAAGAUCUCGGCAACCUUCUAGACAGCGGCUUCAACGCGGACAUGACUGUUAGAAUCGGAUCGUUCAAGGAAUUCCAGGUGCACACAUGCGUGCUCGCUGCACGAUCGCCGGUCUUCCGCGCGCAGCUAUGUGGCUACAUGAUGGAGAGCAGAGAAAACAACAUCUGCAUUGAUGAUAUAGAUGCUCAGGUUUUUGAGCUCCUCCUGCAUUACCUGUACAAGGAUUGCUUGCCUGAGUUCAUGGAGGAGGACACAGAAGAUGCUACCAACAUGGCGCAGCAUUUACUCGUCGCGGCUGAUAGGUAUGCCAUGGAAAGGCUGAAACUGAUGUGCGGGAGCAAACUAAGCAAGACUCUCGAUACGGACACGGUGGGUAUCACUUUGGAUCUUGCUGAGCAAUAUAAUUGUGAGCAGCUCAAGAGUUGUUGUAUCAAAUAUAUGGCAAGAAACCAACCACUUGCCGUCUGUGGUAUCCCUAAUGAAGUUACUAAGAAGGUGGAUCACAAUGAUCUAACUACAUAA